CUCCCGUCAGCAUUCACUGUGCCUGGAAACUCACACUUACAUACACAUAUACACAUCAACACAUGCACACACACAAAGACACACACACACACACACUCAGGGCCAGUGCCAGCAGCUCCAUCAAGUAGUGUUCAUGUGUAUCAGAUUAGUGAGAACAGCUUUGUGCUGGACAGCCCGGCACAAACACACACACUAAUGGAUUGUGGACCUGCGCUCGCUCUGUCACUCUUUUUGAGGGUGCUUAUGAUUUCUGCCGCAGGUAGGUACGCUCACUCAUGACACAGAUAUUAUCAUACAGUGACUUGUUUAUGCCCGGGGAUUUGCAUGGUAGGCUGUAAAUGUCUGAGGUUAGUUUUGUAGGUUUAUAUUUAAUUCAGUACCUUGUUAAUUGCUCUGACAGAUAAAUAAAGAAACAAUCCCUUUUAGGUAUUGAUAAAUCGCCUUUUCAACAUUUUUCUCUCAGCUCACCAAGUGUUAUUACUCUUACUUAGCCAUACCAAAACCUAUACCUCACUGUGAGUUUACUUUUACCCUUCAUUAGAAGGUCUUGACUGGAGCUGCUUUAUUAAGCAGAGGAGGAUAGCAGAGAGUCACAAUAAAGAUUAUUGUAUAGUAUUGUAUAUGAUUAGGGGGCAUGUGUGGUGUAAACACAAAAAAUGAAACAUGAAAAAAGGACAGGAAGACACAAUAAAGAGACACAAAACACCAACAAACGAUGCAAUCUCUAGACGUCUAAUUAUGUAGGGUGAUGGUAGGGGCUUUUCCAUGUCUCCGUAAAGGGUUAAAUUGAUUAGAAAUAUAUCCACAAGAAUUAUAAAGAUGAUGUACUUGGCUGUGUCUGUGUAUACCAAAAGAGGUGAUGGAUUCUGACCCUUUAAAUCAGAUAUUUCAGUUUUGAAUCAACGGGAUCCUACAGUGAGGAUGGUGCAGCUCGAUGACCUUUUUAACAACCUACAUGAAACCCAGAGGAAACCAUUGAAACAUCUCUAGGGUUAUUUUUUUCAAAUGUAGAAAAGUUCCCUCUGACACCACAACAGACAUUGGAGAAGUGUUUUCAUAGAUUGGUUGUAAUGAAAGGCAAAUUUGUGAAUAAGCUGAAGAGCCAUGUCCUGAUCCCUGUAGCAUCAGCGGUCAACCUCGAAGGGGAACUUUUCAAAGACCUGAUGAAAGGCUACAACAAGAAUGUGCGUCCCAUGGAAAAGAGCGGCAACAUCACUCAUGUGGAGAUCAAGAUGACGCUCACCAACCUCAUCUCUCUGGUGAGAGUCAGCCUAUUAUUUCUGACACCUGACUGCCUCAGAGACGACAUUUACUAACAAACCGUCUCUCCCCAGAAUGAAAAAGAGGAGGCUCUGACAACAAGUGUCUGGAUAGAGAUGGUAACCUCACACACAUCUCAUCUGCUGCAUUGAUUUUACGUUGAAUUGUUAAAUAUUUGCAUGAAAUUAUGCAAAGCUGAUCCCACAAUGUGAGUUUCUCUGUGCAGCAAUGGUGUGACUACAGGCUAAGAUGGGAUCAGCCCCCCAGGUCAGCUUUGUACAGGAACAUCACCUCUCCAUUGCGGGUCCCCUCCAAGAGCAUCUGGCUGCCGGACAUCAUCCUGGAGAACAAGUGAGAGGAACAAACUUAUUUAUGUUUGGGUUAUUCUGUAUCAUGGCUCAGUCAGAAAUCUGUUCACUCAGUCACAAAGCAUUGACCUCAAACAUAGUAGAGCGAGAAACGUCUACAUAUGGCUGAAACCGACAAAAAAAGUAUAUAUGUCUUUUUUAUCUUUUGUUUAACCUUAUACUUGAUUUUAUGAAAUGUGAUUUUGAGCAUUAAUCUAUCACUUUAAAAUUCAUAAUGAUAGCUGGAAUGGCUGCAGUGAUGUAAUUAAAUCUCCCGUAAAGUGUUUUAGCUUGUAAUAAAACUGCACAUGUGACAGAAAGAGGAUUUAGAUGACUAUUCCUAUACAGAUCAUUUGAAUACUUGCAAACACUGACAGGGGUCAGUGGCAGACAAGUCAAUUAUCAGCAAGUAGCUUUAACUGUAUAUAUUCACAUUUUCCACAGUAAGGAUUAUAUUCAAAUAAAGCAGGGCAGGUUUUUAACAUUUGUAAAGGACAAAAUCUGCAUGAGAGGUUCCACUUUUUCCACAUAGUGCACCAAAACUGAUCCAACCUUAAAGCUGCUCACUGGCACUUUAAAUAAUAUGUUCUUAACAAAUUGAGUUUGCAGGUGCAUGCUGAAAAGACCCUGUUUUUGAGAAGUAAAACUAAUCAACUGCUCUGGAUAGUGUCUUUAUUUUUGUCUAUGAUAAUCAGCUUAAAACAGUUUCUUUAAAACUCCAGAUCAUCAGCAACAAUUUUGAUCCCUUUUUUUCCCCAGUAGUUCUUAAUGUGUGUAACUGCUGCUGCAUGGUAGGUUUCAGACACAACUAUUUACAGCAUGCCAGUGAAGAAACAAACUUGUUCUUUCCAUAUAUCAAAACAAAGAUUCACACAGAGUGAUAAAUUUAAUAGCUAAAAGACAGCAGGAUUAGAGUAAGUUUGAAUCGACGCAAAAUGAGAAGUACAUCACUGGAGCUUUUGAGACUAAAAUUAAUAAGAAUUUGUUUGUGUAUAAAUAUAUAUUGGUGUUUUAGUCUAUCCCUGUUCUGACCUGUUUACAGUGUGGACGGACAGUUCGAAGUAGCGUAUUACUGCAAUGCUCUGGUGUCUCCUGAUGGCUGCGUGUACUGGCUGCCUCCCGCCAUCUACCGCAGCGCUUGUCCCAUCACUGUCAACUACUUCCCCUUCGACUGGCAGAACUGCACCAUGAUCUUCCGGUGAGUAGGAAUUUGUUGGGUUUUGAUUUUAAUAUUAAAGGGUUUUUUGUUGAACACAUGCCCUUCAUACUGCUGUCAUCUCAUGCAGUCCUGUUCAGAACGGAUGUUUUACUCAUCAACCAAAUAUGGUUUUGGUGUAAACAGUUACAUUUGUGAAUAACAGACAGGAAUAUAGCAUUGAAUGUGUUGCAGUGUCGUAUAUAUGUUACAAUUUCUAACACUUAGAAAGUGUAGGUGUACUGAUGUACUGAAAAUAUACCAGGUAUCUUUUUACAUUUUAAAUCUUCAGAUACUAUAAAAGUUAUUUGAAAAACUUACACAGGGUCUCACUUGAAGGACUCAUUAGAGAUAUAAUUUUUGAAGACAAAACAAAAACACUGACACGCUGAGUUAGAGGGAUUUUCCUCCCAUUUGAAACAACAGAAUCUGAAGCAGGGACAGUGCUGCCUUUUUCAAGCCCUCCCUUUUUUUGUGCUGUCUUCCAAGAGUGGAUAGAUGGUUGUGUUUGUUGUGGUGACAGACCGUCUCCCUGUGUUCAGCUCUCAGACUUACAGUGCCAAUGAGAUCGAAAUGGUUCUCAAACAGGAAGAUAACCACACGCUGGAGUGGGUAGAUAUCGACCCGGAGGCUUUCACAGGUAGAAAGGAUUUGUUGUUGUGUCACCAUGGAUACCUUUAUAGCUUUCUAAAAAUCUAAAUUUAACAAUCUGUGCUCAUUUUGUUGCAAGAAAAUGGAGAAUGGGCCAUUAAACACCGACCAGCUAAGAAAGUGAUCAACAAUCAGUACACUAAGGAUGAGCUGGAGUACCAGGAAGUGGUCUUCUUCCUCAUCAUACAGAGGAAACCCCUCUUCUACAUCAUCAACAUCAUCGCUCCCUGUGUGCUCUUCUCCUCCCUCUGUCUCCUCGUCUUCUACCUACCUGCCAAAGGUCUUUAUCCAACUGUAUCUAGAAGCAUUUUUGUACAAAAUCCAUCAGGUGAACUUUACCAAAGUCUGAGAGAAUCAAAGAAAGGAAAAAACUAAUUGAUACAUCGUUUUAAAAGAGAGCUAAGUUAGAGUUAUUUUCUCCAUUCUUCCAUGUGUUUGAAGAGGCAGAGGUUGAGCUCCAUAAGGUCUAAAUAAGCCAUGAAAGUCUGUUUUCAUCUGCACAAAUCCCUCACCACUCUCCUAAAUCUUGGUCUGGCUUUUGCAGCUGGCGGUCAGAAGUGCACCAUGUCUAUAGCUACACUCCUGGGCCAGACUGUGUUUCUCUUUCUUAUCGCUAAGAAGGUUCCAGAGACAUCGAAGGCCGUACCUCUUAUUGGAAAGUAAGAUCAUAUAAUUUCUUUAUUUAAGAUAUAAACCCAGGGAUUUAUAGUUAUUUCCUUAAAAAAACUGUUGAUUAGGAUUCAUAUCUGGACCUCUGACUGCAGGUAUUUGAUGUUUGUGAUGUCAGUGACGACGAUGGUGGUGAUGAACUGUGUGAUUGUCCUCAAUGUCUCCUUGAGAACACCAAACACUCACAUACUGACAGACAAAGUCCGAAAGGUGAGAAAGUUUCCUUAAGAAUGAAUGAAAUGUGAAUGUUGGUCAAUUUGCUGAUAGUUUUAUCUCGUGUCUUCAUCAGAUCCUCCUGAACAUCCUGCCUCAGCUGCUGAGGAUGCAGAUGAAACCCUGGACACCAAACAAUGACCAAACUUCUCAAACCACUGGAAACGGUGACACUGUAGAAAAAAAUGGCAUGUUUCUGGUCCCAUGCAGACGUCGCAGCUCCAUGACUCUGAUCACUAAGUCGGAGGAAUACAUGAUGAAAACAGCUCGCACUGAGCUCAUGUUCGCAAGACUCAAAGAAAGAAACGGGUUAAUAAAAACUGUGCUGGAGAAGCUGCGUAAGUAUUUCAAUCAGUUCAUUUAUGUCAAAAGCAACUAGAAGCGGGUUUUCACCAUGUUACCAUGGAAGUGUCUGGUGUGUUUUACAAACAGAUGACGGGUUAGAAGAGGGCACAGCCGAGCAGCUCAGUGCCAGCCUGGCAUUAGUGUCUCCACAGCUGAGGCAGUGUGUGACCUCCUGCAAACACAUCGCUGAGACUAUGAGACAUCAGAAUGACUUCCAGAAUGUAAGCAGCUGUUUUUCUUCUGCGUUUGAGAUGUGAGUCACAUUAAUGACAAAUGAUAUACCCGAGGUUACAAACCAAACCUGGAAGAAGAAAAAAACAACAGUCAGACACUUAUUUGGCUCAGUUGAAGAAGUGGAUAAUGCAUAUACAAAUAAAGAAUAAAUGAGAUCCUCUUCAUUUUGUCAUCCCCACAGGAGAAUGAGGAGUGGUUCCUGGUUGCCCGGGUGAUUGACAGGGCCUGUUUCAUCGUCAUGGCAUCUGUGUUUUUUAUCGGCACCAUCGGGAUCUUCUUGAUGGGUCACUUUAACCAACCUCCUCUCUCUCCAUUCCCUGGGGACCCAAAGAUGUAUCUCCCUCUCGUGAACAAUCUCACAAAUCUAACCCAUAAUGGGACUGCAGCAGAGUUAGUCGGGUGAACAGGAGUAAAAUCUUCAGGUUUCAUUCUUUGAGGGGAAGCCUGACUCCAAAGAUCAGAGAUCUUCUACUGAUGACUGUGGCACAGAGAAGGUGACAGCUGUGCUUUCUUGAGUGAUCUUUGGACUAUGACAGAAGUGCUUGUCCUGAUAAAGGAUUUGCUGCACGGUGUGAAAACCACAUUUGUUAUAAGAGGGCACAUCUUUGAACCAGGCAGACUUGAUUUCAAGGUUAAGAAUAUUUCACAUCAACAGAAGAGAGAUUUCUAAGGCUCUCUCUGUUAGCAGCUCACUUUUUGCUCCAAGUUCACUGUUGAUUUUUUUAUUUACCAAUUUUAUCUUUAUCUAUAUUUAUCCACUUUGUUGUGGUUACCAUGAUUGAUGAAGCAUCAGAUAAUCACAGUCGUUUUGAGAUAAAGGUAAUCUUGUGAUUUCACACUUUCAAAAAUGUCUUAAUCCUCUUGUGUUCCAUUAAAGCAGGGAUCAAUACAUGAAGAUGUACUGUAUUAUCAUAUGUUUUUAUGGAAAACUUGCAUACAUGACAUUAGGAAAGCUGAAAGGAUGGCAGGUUUUGGAAAAUAUCCGAGCAAGUUUUAUGUUGUUUUUUUGUUUUUGUUUUUUGAUACAAUAGCAUUUUUAAAAUUUUCUCUUUAUUCUGUAUCACUAGCAGUUUAAUUGUUAUAAUUUUAUUCACAUGCUCACUCAGUCAAUUGUUUUUUAUUUUUUUCUUUCAGACUGAACACUGAGUUACCAUGUCUAGAAAAAAGCAAUAAAAUUUGUAUUGAAAAAAAGG